AGGGUCACAGGAGUUUUUAACCUCAGAGAAAGUGAGAACUGAACAGGAAAGAGAGAGUAGGUAAAUAUAGACAGUGAAAGCAAUUUGAAAUCUGAAUUGGCUGUGAGCUGCAGCAACAGAUGGUGGUGUCAACGCUGUAGACUAGAGUAACGCACUCCUGACGAGACGAGACAAACAAACAAGCAAACAAACACGGACUGUGAGAGAUGCUGGUAGGCAGGGACUGAGUCCGUAAACUUGGCUGUACCCUGCUGGCUGUACUCUGGAUUCAUGAUGAUUGCUAGAUUUUAUUGGGGAUGGAGCAAAGUGCACACUGGAGGAAGGUGAGCAGUGCAAUUAAAACAGACAUUGUUUAUUAUUAAAGUCACGUUUCUUGUAUUGUCAGUUCCAUGCCUUGUUUCAUGAAGAUAAUCAGUCACCCAUUCAUAUCUUAAGCACCGAUAUAUGGUAUUCGGAAUGUAUGGUAGCGUUUGCAUGACUUGCAACUACUGGUAGAGAUACUGACCAGGGUAUCUUAGUUACUGCCCACCGAGGGUGCCUGAUCUGUGGGCUUCAGAAGAGGAACAGCUCCCUGCUUUAGGGCCUGUUAUAAACAAGCCCCUUCAAAUGCUGUACAGACUGGCUGUGUUGUCUGAGAAGCAGCUUGCAACUGGACUGCAUGGAUCUGAUGAGCAAACAUGAAGGUGAGUCAUUUAGAACUAUAGGCUACUGCAGAUGUGGUAUUGAAUGAUACAAACACACUAGUUACAAAUAUCUGGUGCGACAGGCCUUUACCACUGCCAAAAUUUGUGAACAGACAAACUAGUAUCCUUUGCAAAUUAAUGCUUUUUUUCUUGAGUUAAUGUUUUCUAUUGCAUUGAAACAUUUGUUCAAUCAUUCCCAUGUAAUUGGUUGUAGGACUUAUAUUAGUGUUCGUGAGGUUUCUUUAUCUCACUUUGAGGUUUCACUAGAGGCCUUAUGGAAGCAGCAAAUGUGUCUGUAAAAUGUCCAUAUUUUGACUAAACGUAAUACUUGCAAGACGAGGUGGGAUCUUUUUUGUCGCUGAAAUGGAUUAUGCGACAAUUGCGGUGGAAACGCUUUUGUGCGGAAUUGUUUAUAUAAAAACCAUCCCAUUAAAUUUGUAGUCACGCGAUGUUUCAUGUUACCACCACGUGGAAAAACAUGCCGCGUUUAUAGACAGAUGGAAUAAAUUGUGAACUUUAUAACUUAUUUCGUGACUUAAUUUAUGGUGGUUAGGUGAACGGCGAUGAGCUUCAUGCACAUUUCCACUAAAUAUCGAGGGUGGGCUAUUUGAUUUAUGCUGGUGACAUGAUCGGUGCUUGGCUGCCAAUAAUAAAAUAAAAGUGAUCUGGCGUUUAUCUAGCCCAAACGCCGGCUGAUGGCGCUAUUGAGUCGUUUCAUUUAUUGUUCAAGUGAAUGCAUGCAUUGCUAUAAACUUGUAUCUGCUGUGGAUCGGUUCGUGAAUAAACAGUCUUCAUUCAGGCUCCAAAGACAUAUAUUUCCUUCUAAAUUCGAUUGAAUGAAAAGGCGAAAAAAUACGGAAAAUAUUACUACUUAGUGAUACAACAUUUUCCACCAGCAUGUGACGAAUGCCUAGUCCCGGAUAUUGCGUUCAGUCAAUCAGGUUGCUGAAGUCUGUUGUUUACCCCCUGGCUGAACUAGGGAAGCAUUAGCCAUAGCAUGGUGAUGGAAAAUGGUGCUUCGUAAAGAACGUCUGCAUAUUUUCCCUUUUUUAUAUAUUUUUGUCUUCUCGCCAUUAAAUCGAGUUAAGGAGGUAAUAGUCAUCUCUGCAGCCUGAAUAUAAUGUUUUAUGUACAAACCGGUCCACAGGGAAAACCAGUGUAUAGCUCCUAUGCAUGCAUUCCCUUUGUACAGUAAGAUAAAACAACUUAAUAUCGCUAUCUGCCGGCCUUUUUAUCCAUAUCAGUUUUUGUGACAAAACCAUCGGUAGAGUUGAAAAUGUGAUGGAAUUCAGUUUAACUUAGAUUUUUUAUUGCGUACAUGGGAACUUAACCACAAAAGUGUAUAUAUAUAUGUAUUAUUUUGUGUAAUUAUUAUAAUAAAAUCAAAAAAUUGAGCUGGUAUUCCCAUGUGGUCAUCGUACCAGUACUAACAUGUUUUUUUAACCCGUUUUCUCCCCGAAUUUGGUCCCUUGGCUCAUCUCUGCAACUCCUCAAUGGACUCGGGAGAGGCGAAGGUCGAGCCAUGUGUCCAUCGAAACAUGACCCACCUGGUCGGCUACUUCUUAUCACGCUGCUCGCUUGACCCGGAUGUCAGCCGUACCAAUGUGUCGGAGGAAACACAGUUCAACUGACGACCGGAGUCAGCUUGCAGGCGCCAGCCCUGUCACAAGGAGUCGCUAGAGCAUGAUGAGACAACAAAAGCCCCACCGGUCAAACCAUCCACUACCCCGGACGGCGCUGGGCCAAUUGUUCACAGACCAAUGGGGCUCCCGGUCACAGCCGGUUGUCCGGUGCAUUGCUUUUGACCGCUGCGCCACCCAGGACCAAAAGUGUUUAUUUAAUGUAAAAGCUAAACUUUGUGGCUGCCUGUUGGCUCUGGGUCUUGGAGUAGGCCUCUCCCAGUACCAGUCUAAAAGUCACACAAAGCAUCACAUCCAGCAGGGCAGGUCAACCAUAGUCCACCUGUUUGAGUGGCGCUGGAAUGACAUAGCUGAAGAGUGUGAGCGAUAUCUGGGACCCAAUGGAUUUGAUGGAGUGCAGAUCUCCCCUCCCAGUGAGAAUGUGGUGGUGACUAAACCAUGGAGACCGUGGUGGGAGAGGUACCAGCCAGUCAGCUACAACCUCUGUUCCCGCUCUGGAACCCAACAGGAGCUCCGAGACAUGGUCUGCAGGUGCAACAAUGUCGGGGUGAAGAUCUAUGCAGACGUGGUCAUUAAUCACAUGUGUAUGUCUGGCGCGGGCGAGGGGGAGGGCAGACGCCGUUCGACCUGUGGCUCAUACUUCAAUGCCAGCAAGAGGGAGUUCCCAUCUGUGCCCUACUCCGCUUCCCACUUCAACGAUGACAAAUGCACCACCAGCAGCAGAAAUAUUGAGACUUACCAAGACAUUUAUCAGGUGCGUAACUGUCGUCUGCUAGGUCUUCUGGAUCUGGCGCAGGACAAGGAGCAUGUGAGGGAGAGGAUAGUGGACUACAUGAACAGACUGGUGGAUAUGGGUAUAGCAGGUUUUAGGGUGGACGCAUGUAAACACAUGUGGCCUGAGGACCUGAAGAACAUCUACAGCAGACUUCACAACCUCAACACCACCUGGUUCACACAGGGAUCCAGACCACUCAUUUACCAAGAGAUUAUCGACCUCGGUGGCGAGCCGAUAAAAGCGACAGAAUACUCUGGACUGGGUCUUGUCACAGAGUUCAAGUAUGGUACUAUGCUGGGCUCUGUCAUCCGCAAGUGGAACCAAGGGAAACUCUCUGACCUCAAGACGUGUGGUGAGAGCUGGGAUCUGCUGCCCUCAGGCGAGGCAUUGGUGUUUGUGGAUAACCAUGACAACCAGAGAGGGCACGGUGCAGGAGGGGCCUCCAUCCUCACCUUCUGGGAGCCCAGAAUGUAUAAAAUGGCUGUGGCUUUCAUGCUGGCCCAUCCCUAUGGAGUUACGAGAGUGAUGUCAAGCUACCGGUGGGAUCAACAUGUUGUGGAUGGAAAGGACCAGAAUGAUUGGAUAGGUCCUCCCAGCUUCCCUGACGGCUCCACCAAGCCUGUCCCCAUCCAGCCAGACGGCAGCUGUGGGGAGGGCUGGGUGUGUGAACACAGAUGGCCCACAAUCAGAAAUAUGGUGAUGUUCCGUAAUGUUGUCGAUGGAGAGCCGUUGUCUAACUGGUGGGACAAUGGGGGGAACCAGAUAGCUUUUGGACGAGGCAACCAAGGCUUCAUAGUUAUCAACAAUGAUAACUGUUCCCUGGAUGUGAUGCUGUACACCGGCCUUCAUGGAGGAACCUACUGUGAUGUCAUCUCCGGUCAGAGGUCAGGGGGGCGUUGCUCGGGGAAACAGGUGACCGUUGGAGGGGACGGGAGAGCACACUUCACCAUCAGCCCCUCUGACCCGGACCCUGUCAUUGCCAUUCACACGCACUCUAAGCUAGAGUAGGAGCUAAUAACACUGCACUUUAUACCACACUGUGAUAUUAUAGUUUGUGUAUCAUUACUGUAUUUCAAGUGGUCUUUCUAUCGAGGUUUGGAAAGAUGAUGAUUAAGAAAUAAGGCACGAGGGGGUGUGGUAUAUGGCCAACAUGUGGUAUAUUGGCCAUAUACCACAAACCCCCAAGGUGCCUUAUUGCUAUUGUAAACUGGUUACCAA